GGUCAAUCAGCGCUAUCAUGACCAGCCUGUUUCCUCUUCCAAGUCCUACUCUUCCAGCUUUCACGACGUUGGCCAUCAAAGGCCCUUAUCAUCCAUCGGCUCUCGUUCAUCUAUGCCUGACCCAUGUCGUAGAUAAACCAAAUAACCAGGGGAUUGUCCUCUCGCCGUCUCGUGAGAAAGUAUCAAUUGCUCUUCGGGAAUUCAAUGACGACUGGCUGAAUGAGUGCGGUGGAUAUGGCGCCGUGGUGCAACCUUUGUCAAAUGUCAGCAUGUUCUACCCGCCUUCGCCUAUGCACCUUGCCUUCCUGCUAUCCACAUUCAAGGUGUCUGAAGCUUCGGAUGAUCCCUCUCUUCCUCCAAGGACUAUCCUUCCACUGUCACCAUCUUUGAUUGUGCUUCAUGAGCUCUCCGCUUACUUUCUUGAUGAAUACUCUUCGAAACCCAAUACUCUCGCGUCUUAUAUGUCCUUGGUCGCGCACACAAUGGCCUUGUCGGUGUCCUUGUCAGCCCAUACACCUGAGUACCAAGAUUUGCGGCUAGUUUCAUAUUCCGAAUAGCUCAACGUAUGCGCGCAGGACUCCUGUUGCUGUCGUUCUCAUGGACUCUCGUCUGGAUCAGCUGAAGCUCCCAAUAUUGAAACGUCCUAUGAUAUCCGCGAUAGCCGGCGAUGAAGCGCAUGAGGAAGCCAAUAGGUCGUAUCGGCGAGAGCCGGUGACCACCGUUGUCCAGCAAUAUUUCGAGUGGGUGGGCACUUUUGAAUCAGAUCACUUGAAUAGCGUGGCUGGAGAAUCGCCUUUCACACACAAAUUGUCUCUGUGUAGGACUCAUCCCCUCGAUAGCGCUCCUGAGAUUACAUGGAGAUGGAAACAACGAGAUUCCCGGGCGCGAGGAUCAAACGAUCGCCACGGCACUUUGUUCGCUUGGAAGUAACCUAGUGUCGGGACGUUGUCUGGCGUUGUAGGUGUCGCGUUUGCGACCGGGCGAAAGGCUGCGGAUGCUAUGCUGUCUAUGUACACAUUAGGUGUAGCAACACUUUCCAAAAACCCUGUAAUUGGAAUAUAUGUUUAUUUUGUGG